UUUGAAGGCCGUGUUUCUUUUUUUUUUUGCGCUUCAAGCGCCGGAAGUUAUUGCAAGCAUAAUUUUUGUAGGAAACUCUAUGAUUACAAGAAACCAAAUUGCGUCAAGGUUUUCGUGUCUCACUUGGUCGUGCAACCAUCGGCAAGUGUCGCUGCAAGCAGUAGCGAUGACCUGUCAAAUGCAAUGGUGUCGAUGGCGACUUAGAUACGGCUUUCGUUUUGUUUCUGCCUCCCACCUGCCUGUAUGGGAAGAGAGGAACGGUGUAUCAAGUAGUAGUGUCUCAUUUUCGUGGCUGUCAUUAUAGUGUGGUAGUCGUACCACCCGUAGACGUGCUCCGCGUUACGCCGUCUCCGCUGGGCCGCAACACCGAGCAGCGAUUUUCCUGUUCAUCGUCAGCGUCGACGCGCUGCACCCGGCGGGACUUCCAGCGGCGUCAUGACGCUCAUGGAGUUCAUCGGCUGCACCCUGAUCGGAUUCGGACCGGCGCUGUCCAUGUUCGCCAUCACCAUCGCCAGAGAUCCGAUUCGCAUAAUCAUACUUAUCACCGCGGCGUUCUUCUGGCUGCUGUCGCUGCUGCUGUCGUCCAUUGUGUGGUUUGCAGUGGUGCCGCUUCGGAAGCAGUUGGCCUUUGGCGUCGUCUGCUCCGUGGCCUUCCAGGAGGCUGGCCGCUUUCUCUUUUACCGAGUGCUCAGGAAAGCUGAGUUGGGUCUGAAGAAGGUCACGGAAGUUGGUGCGGACGGUGCUGUCGUCUCCAGCUCUCGGACCACGCUUUCCUAUGUGUCUGGCCUGGGCUUCGGUGUGAUGAGUGGGGUGUUCUCGCUACUCAACGUGCUCGCUGAUGCCAUUGGUCCCGGCACGGUUGGACUGAACGGCGGGUCAACCGGUUUCUUCCUCACAUCAGCUCUGACAACGAGUGCGUUCGUGUUGCUCCACACCUUCUGGGGUGUGGUGUCCUUCCACGCCUUGGACCACGGACGCUGGCCUCUGGUGGCCUUCGUCGGCAUCGCCCACCUAGUCGCCUCCUGCCUGACACUGCUUAACCCGGCCGGCCUCUACGUUGCCUCCCUGGUGCCCAUCUACCUCUUGCUGCUGGUGUCAGGUGUUCUGGCGUUCCACGCAGCCGGUGGACGGAUUCAUGCCUUGACGCGCUUCAAGGGCCAGAGCCUGCCACAGCAACAACAACAGCAGCAGCCGGCUUCACCUCAUUGAACAACGAUCCAUCCAUGGCAUGAUGGCUCACUUGUGACAUGUCAGCGGGACUGACUGGCAGACUGAUAUGUUCCUCGUUCUCUAGCUUUUGUUUAUUCUAUGAAUAUCUGUUCUUAAGACAAUGUCAUCCCGAAACAAUUUUAUUGAUAUAUGUGAUAUUGAUUAAAGAAAGGUCAUUUACA